AAGCACCGGCGAGCCUCCGCGAGCACAGCGGGCGACCUGAGCGACAGCGCGGGUGUGAGGAUGUCUCUGUACCGGAACUCAGCAUGGUUCCUCAAAGGACUCACCGAAUUCACCAAGGGGGGAUUUCUGUCAGCCUCUAAAAACUUUGUUGAGAAGGACCUGGAGACGUCAAUGGCUGGCCGAUCCUUCAUGAUCACUGGAGCGAACAGCGGGAUCGGGAAAGCCACUGCCAUGGCCAUCGCCAAGAAAGGUGGUAUCAUCCACAUGGUCUGCAGGAACAAGGAUAAAGCAGAAGAAGCCAGAGCAGAGAUCGUCAAGGAGUCUGGAAACAAAGAAAUCUAUGUGCAUAUUUUGGAUCUUACUGAGACCAAGAAGGUGUGGGAGUUUGCAGAGUCUUUUAAGAAAAAGUACAAAACUCUCAACGUCCUGAUCAAUAACGCCGGCUGUAUGAUGGCUAAGAGGGAGGUGAAUGAUGAGGGUUUGGAGAAAAGCUUUGUAAGCAACUCUCUGGCCGUGUACAUCCUCAUCAAGAGCCUCAUUCCUCUGCUGGAGAAGAGCCCUGAGCCCAGAGUGAUCACAGUAUCAUCCGGUGGGAUGCUGGUGCAGAAACUGCGAACAGGAAACCUGCAGUCUCAGAGGGGCAGAUAUGAUGGCACUAUGGUGUACGCACAGAACAAGAGGCAGCAGAUGGUGAUGACGGAGCAGUUUGCUAAAGCUCACCCCAACAUCCACUUCUCUGUGAUGCACCCCGGAUGGGUCGACACGCCGAUCAUUGCGAAUGCGAUGCCUGAUUUCCACAGCUCUAUGAAGGAGCGUUUGCGGACACCGGAGCAAGGGGCCGAUACGGUCGUGUGGCUCGCUGUGUCUGAGGCGGCGGUCAAGAAUCCCAGCGGGCGGUUUUUUCAGGAUCGGCAGAUGGUGUCGGCUCAUCUUCCCUUGGCCUGGACGCACAGUUCACAGCUGGAAGAUCAGAAAUUCAUGAGCAUCAUGGAGGAUCUGGCUUCCAGCUUCCAGCCUCAAUAAAGAAACUGCAUAUUAAAUAGAUGGAGACCAGUAAUAAACAAAAUAUUAAAAAAGUUUAGACACUUUAGUCUCACCCUUAAAGCCGUGUGAAUGUACUCACUCCCAGUGUCUUACAACAGACUUUUAGCUGUAGAUUAAAUUGAAAGUUUGAAGGUGUGAAUAUGUUUAAGCCUUUUGCACCUCAAUGACUACUUCCUGCAUAUUCCUGUUCUACAUUUCAGUUCUCUCCUGUCAUUGGUCAAAUGAAACGCAGGAAUCGCUCUUUUCCAACAGCUCGUUCUGACACCAUGUGAUCAAUCUCUCAGCCAAUCACAGUGCAUCUUCACUCUCACUGUAACGGUGACUCCAGCGAAUCAGGUCAAUCAGGUGGGAACCCGUUCUGACCGGAGUCACCCCAGCUGUCAAUCACUCACUCUCAGCCAAUCACGUGGUGCAGCACAGGAAUCUGGGUGAAAAGGACACUUCCUGUGUCUGUAGCUUUGUGAUUGGAUGUUUCUUCAGUUUGGUAGGGUCACCUGAUGUCCCAGAAAAUGAGGAAGUGAUGUGGAGUUUUUUAUUUUAUUUUAUUUUUUUAAUGUAUUUGUUCUGAUAGUAACCUUUGAUUACAUUUCUACAUAUAUAUACUGGGUUAUUAAUUAUUAAUUAUGAGUGUACUUUGACACUUAAAUAAAUGUCUUUGAAGGUG